AUGGAAGACGAAAACACGACCGUGACGGAAGAAGUUCUUUCUGGAGAUCCGAUUAAAUUUAUUUUACUGUUAACAAUAGAGAUUCUAUCGUUUCCCUGUACUUUAUUGAUACUUAGUUUUUUACUAUUCAAUUGGCGAUCAAUGAUUAUCAAAGGUCUACGUAAUCAUUUCAUUCUCUCGCUUGUCCUAGUCACCUUCAUCUAUCUAACGAUGGAUCUUCCAUUUACUAUUCAAUAUUAUGAACUUGGUUAUGAUAUGCAUCAUAGCAUACUAUUUUGUCUUUGGUGGUAUUGGCUUGAUUACACUUUGGUAGUUAUUUGUAUAUUUCUGACUGCAGCUGCGAGUAUCCAACGACAUGUAUUGAUUUUUCAUGCUCAUUGGUUACAUCAGCAUCGUCGACGAUGGUUGUUACAUUUUGUUCCGAUAUUAGCAUGUGUCUUCUAUCCAGGAGUGUUCUAUCUUGUGGUGAUGAGCAUUCAUCCGUGUGUUUAUGACGAGAGUAUUUAUUGUUCAGCUCCGUGCUACACCGACAAUAUCAUAUUGUUUAACCUCGACUGGAUUUUGAAUACGGCAUUUCCACUAUUGACAAUCAUACUUGCAAAUAUCACUCUGAUUGUUCGAGUAAUUCGUUCGAUGAAAAAAACGCGUCGCCGGCAAAGUUUAACUUGGAAGCGGCAAAGAAAAUUAACUUUACAAUUAAUUGCCCUUUCGUCAUUAUUCGUACUCGGAUGGGCACCAUCGACUGUUGUAUCGAUAGUUCAAUCAUUUGCAUUGCCAACGUUAUUCUCAGAUAUUCCGCAACUCGCUUAUUUGAAUUACCUCACAUAUUUUGUUUGUCCUCUACAACCGUUUUUAUGUCUUUUCGGUUUACCGGAACUGCUAAAAAGUUUGACAACUUCGUUUAAAUUUCUACGUCGUCGAUCGCGAGUAAAUCCUGUUAACACGAUGCAACCUGUUGUUAUGACUUAA